UUUGCGUAUAUUUUCCUUAUCACACUUCCAAAACAGCUGGCAACGUUGCAUUUCAUUACGUUCCCCACACGCACUGGAAGUUUGCAAAUUUCAUUAAGGCCCACCAGAGCUAACGUUUGUGAAAUUAAACCGGAAAGUAGUUUUAUAUAGUUUAUAAAUUGAAUAAAUCGCAUAAAUAAUUUGUGAAAAUUGUGUAUUGCUGCAAAUUUGUUUAACAAACGAAUUCUAGCAUUCUGAGUGCUCCUUUUCGGCAGGAGCAGAAUAGAGUGGCAAAAAUCGAAAUUUACCUGCACUGUGCAUGAAAACGGCACGUACACAUCUGUAAAAGCAUACACUCAAACCGGAGCAGCUGCAUUUCGUAUCGGCAAGAGAAAAUCUCUUGUCUACUUUGCGCCUGUUCCUCUUCCAGCAAGGGUCGCCGCUGCAACAACAAAAGCUAUUGCAAUAAGUUUCUUAACUCCAAUUGCAAACUCGCGCAGCAAGUCAGCCAGUCAGCCAGUGUGAAGAGUUUGCAGCUGUAAACGCCGGGUAGUUACAUAUUUCGUAUACAUACACCUAUUUGCCGGUUGUGGUACGUUGCGAGACGUCCUCUGCCUGCAAAUUGUACGUCUGCUGUGCAUAACCAUCAGGGUUUUCAUUAUUGUGCGUUUUCGUUCAGUCUCUGAGCGCACAUUCAGCAGUCAUCAUCGCACCGCAUCACCAGCACGGAACGUAGAUAUUUUAAAUUUCUAAAAAAAAGUUUUUUUUGUAUGCACUACAGCUACCGCCCGUCGUGUUAGGAAUUGUGGCCUUAGCCAAAUUUAACGCCAACUCCAUCAUCAUUGAUAACGAGUAACUGCUUAACUGGAAUUUUAGUCCCACUGAGGAGUUAUUGCAUCGUUCGCCAGCCGUUUGGCAUCCACAAAUCGCUUUCGGUUCAGUUUGGUUUGUGUGUGUGUGUGUGCAUGUGUGUGCAUUUUCGUCUGCCUAUACGCGCCCGUGUACGAUAGUUGUGCCUUGCCGUUUUUGUAGCUGUCGUGAUCUUUGUCGUUGUCGUGUCCGUUGCCGGUUCCCGUGCCCGUGUAUUCAGUCGGUAUAGUCGCUAUUAUUGCUGUAUUGGUGUAUCUCUGGUCUCCGGAAUUCACUGAUUCGCAUUUUCGUUUUGCAAAUUUGCUGCUGUUUUUGCCACACAUUUGCAAAAAAAAAAAAAAAAACAAGAAGCAACGUAAAAACCGAAACUCAACUUCGAUCUACUACGCCAAGAGUAACUUCGUCAUUGUGCAGCGAGAAGAGUAACGAAAAUUUUAAAACAUACAUUGCCGGUUGCGAACGUCGUUGUUGGGUGUCUAUACCAUCAUCAAAUUUAUAGUGGUGGCAAGAGCGAGCUAGCCAGCGCCACAUUCACAUUUACAGCCAUCGCAGCCACAGCAGGAAUACGACAUAUUGCGAAAUUUAGUAAUUUUUUUUUCAUAUUGAAAAAGGGGCAGCUAAAGCUAACGACGCACACCUAACUGAAUUAACUCUCAGACAGUUUGUUGCAUUCCAGUUUUCGUUUGGAUACUAAGUAUUAAAUAGAUGGUGAAUAUGGAAAACGCCGAGGAAGUCAUGCAAAUUCUGGAGCGUUUUACGCGUCUCAAGCAAAAGGAGAUACCUAAAGAGCUGGAUGAUUACUUGCAGUAUGUGGCGAAAACAGGCGACACAGUCUUCAAAUGGGCAAGUCUGAAGUAUUUAUUCCGCGAGAAACUGCUGAAUGUAAUCAAGCAUUUCCACGAUACGUCGCCUCGUGUAGAUGAGAUUCCUCAUUAUCCGAACGUUGAUCCUUUUAAUUAUGAGAGCAUGAAAUCGUCGCUGCUGGAGCGUCUGGAAUUAUUCAAUGCUGCUCCAUUUACCAUUCAACGUUUGUGCGAGCUUUUGAUUGAUCCGCGUAAACAAUACAGUCGUAUUGAUAAAUUUAUGCGCGCUCUCGAAAAGAACAUUUUAGUAGUGAGCACCAUCGAACCUGGCCGUAAACGCACUGAGAGUGAAAACGGUGAUUCAUUGGACUCGGUUGUUAACGGCGAUUUAUCCUUGGAUGUCAAUGUCGAUAUCGACAUGGAGAAUGAGUCGAUGUUCAAUAUGGAGGGGCAAAACGGUAACGGUACUGGCAAUGGCAAUGGUACAGCAGCAGUAGCUGAGGGCGAGAAGUCACCAGAGUCUUCUGAGUCUAAGUCUGACAAGCCCGUUGUGACUGAGACGGUUGCCACCAAGCAUGCCACAACCGAUGAUGACAUUCUGCCGAAUCCGAAGAAGGCUAAGCUGGAUUUGGAUGCGAAAGAAGAAAAAGUUGCCGAAAAGACUGAAGAAGAACAAAGUAGCUCGAAAGUGGCACAAGAUGACGACAAAUCGAAGAUUGUCGAUGGUAAGACCAAGGAAAGUGAUAAAGUUGAUGGUGAGCCGAAAGCAGAGGUGGUUAAGGCAGCCGUAGAGGAUGCUGAAAUGACGGAAAUAGAGAGCAAAGAAGAAGAGUUGAAGGAAAAGAACGAAGAACCUAAGAAGGAAGAACAGGAUGAAAAGAAAAAAGCUGUGCAUAAGACGGACGAGAAAGAAAUCAAGAAGAGCGUGGAGCAGGAGAUUGAAGCUAAAGCGGAGCCUGAAACCAACAAUAAGGAAGAAGUUGAUGGCAAAGCUGAAGUCGAAGCAACUAAUUCAAAUGAGAAAACCGCUACCGAAGAAGUUGAAGCUGAUAAGGUGAAAGAAGCAGCAGCAACGCCUGAUUCUAAGUCGAAGGCAGCUGAAGACGAAGAGAAGAUUAUUGAAAAGCAAGAGAUUGAGAAGGGCGAAAAGGAAGUGAUUGUGGCAGCUGCCACUCCCACAAGCACUGAGUCUCUUGAAAAAUCAGCUGAGCCCGAAGUCGAGAAAGUAGCUGUAACGCCAGAAGUUGCUGACGAACCGGUUGUUAGUGGUAGUGACAAAGACAGUGCUAAACCCACAGAUAAAGUUGAAAAGGAGCCGGCGCCUGUUAAGGCAGAUGAGACUGAUACUGAAGCUAAGGCAGAAGUUUCUACAAGCACACCCGAAGAGGAAGAAGUUGCGCCACAGACAACGACUGCCGAGGCCGAAGCAGUCGCUGCUGAAAAGAAAGAGCCAGUUGAUGAGCCAAAGCCCGCAGCUGAAGCCGCAGACGCCACUGCCACGACAACAAAAGAAUCCGAAAAGACUGAGAGCACUGCUGAAGCCGCUGCAGAAGAAGUGGAAAAGAAGGUAGAAGAGAAAGCAGCUGCGAUUGCUACAACUACAACCAACGAGGCAGAAGCUGUGAUCACUGAGAAGUCCACUGCUGAUGCCACCAGUAAACCCGCUGAAGAAGAAACGGUGAAAGCUGUCGCUUCACCUGCUAAAAACGAAACUCCCGCGGCUGAUGAAGGUAAUGCCGAACCUGCUAAAGCCGCCACUGAUACCGCUAGCGAAAGUGAAGUUCCAACCACCACCGAAGCUGUACAGAGCUCAAUUGCUGAUAGUGCAACCGCAGCUGAGGACACCAACGCUACCGCUCCAGCUACAACUCCAAUUCCGCCAACAACCGCGGACUCAGCUGAAGCCAUUGCUGCAGUUCCUGUUGCUACACCGACGCCAACGCCAACGCCAACACCCACCCCAACACCGACCCUAGCACUCAACGAUCAGCCAAUGGAGGAUGUGCCGAUCGAAGAGGCCCAACCUGCGGUCAAUGAAGUUGUUAUGGCCGAGACAAAUGCUGCCACUGAAAUGGCCACUGAUGCCAAUGAGCCACCACCACCGUCCAAGGACGAACCGGCCGGAAUGGAGGUGGACGACACCAGUCAAGAGGCAAUGGAUCAGUAAUUUAGUGGCAACACAACAGACUACACAAUAAUAUUUUCCACACGCAUACAAUACGACAAAAAAAUAUUUAAUUGUGAAAGACGUCGACGUCAAUGAUGGCGCGACGCAAAGCGAUUCUUCAUACUUAACACUUUUUUGAAUAUGUAGCGUGUUUUUAGGCGCAUAAGCAAAAUUUACAUGAAUAUGUACGAAAUUAAUGUAAGUUAAUUUAAACUAUGAAGAAGAAGAAAUAAUAAUAAUUAAAACUUAAAAUAUGAAAGAAAUACAAAAACAAAAUAAAUAUGGUUGGCAAGUAAAAACUAAAUACACAUACAUAUACAUUAAACAAUAAGCAGUGAAAUGUGACGUACCGUACCAUAUGACGAGUGUAUGCAACUCUCGCCAUGGACGGUAAGCAGCACGAAUUUGCUUUUAAUUUAAAAGUAUUGAGUUGGUAUUAAAAAUUGUUCAUUUUAUCUAUUUUAUUUGUUUAAACAAAGUGAGCCAACAAUAGUAAAUAAAUAAUUGAAAAAUGCAAAAAGUAAAAUAAAUUUCUUAAUUUUUUAACUUAGUGGUGCAACCGACACCGUUUUGAAAA